GAGCGAAACCCGCAAGCAAGCACUCACAUUACAGUCACACAUUCAUACCUUCGGGAAUAGUGAAUAGCACAAGAAAACCCGACAUGUUUCCAGUCAUCUUCAAUUGCAAUUACCCUCUUCGGGUGCAGGUGUGGUCUCGUUCUACUAAUACCAACCAAUUGGAACAACAGCACCAAUAGUCCUCAGAGCGGAGUUGCGAUUCGAUUUGGUCGAUUUGGGUGUGUAUGUGGGUGUGGGUGUGAGGGUGAAAAUGUCAGAAACUGAAGCCAGUGAUGGAAGUUCCAGCGUGUUCCCCAAAAGCUUUUCGAUUGAGGCUAUCAUGGAACGAAACAAGUUGGAAGUGAAACACAAUCUUAUUCGUUUGGCGAGAGAUGGUCUCCUGUGCCAAGUGUCCCGCUCGGAAACGACCCAGGGUGCCAUUUAUGAUGAUAAAACAGGGGUCACCAGGGACAAAAGGUCCGCCGCUAACAUUCGGUUCCCUGCCCACUCUAGGUGGGAUCCUCCAGAGAGUCUCGCCAAUGAAGAUCCCACCCUAGCAGGAACAGGAGCAGGACGACCAAGACAAAUGAAAUUGCCAAACGAACAAAUCGACAGAGCGAAAGUGGAAGAUGAGAACAAUAUUACCAUCCCACAAGCGUGCUCUGGCCGCGACGAAGUGCGUUCCAAGUUCGAUGUGACUGUUCCUGUGGGACCUGAAGCCCAUUCUCCAAUGUGGCGGCAAGUUGUCUCUUCACUUCCACUAAAUGGGACGAGGAUCUGUGAGACGAAAGAACACGACCCAGAAGAAGGAGAGGGAAACAAGAAGAAGAACGAGAGGAGGAAGGAGGAGGAAGAAGAAGAAAAAGAAGAAGAGGAGCAGCAACCCAAAGAAGAACUCGAAGAGGAGGAGCAACUUUGUCCACCAAAUGAGGAGUUAUCGCGAGCGGAGUGUCAUUUAGAGACGCGCGAACUUUGGGAAAAGUUCCAUGAACUUGGAACCGAGAUGAUCAUCACAAAGACGGGAAGGAGGAUGUUUCCAACUGUCCGGUGUAGUUUUUCGAGACUGAACCCGAGGGCCACGUAUAACGUGGUUCUAGACAUAAUUCCAUGCGAUAACAAGAGAUAUCGUUACGCUUAUCAUCGGUCUUCAUGGUUGGUGGCCGGUAAAGCGGAUCCACCUCCUCCCUACCGAUUCUACACGCAUCCCGAUGGUCCAGUCUCUGGGGAGCAAUUGCUUUCCAGGCAAGUGGUGUCGUUCGAAAAAGUCAAACUCACAAAUAACGAGAUGGACAAAACCGGACAGAUCAUCCUCAAUUCGAUGCACAAGUUCCAGCCUCGGAUUCACUUGGUCCAAUGUGAUGGAACCAGACGGCAUGAUGGGAUCGUCGACGUGUUAAGGGAAAGAAACCGAAAGACGUUUGUGUUCCCCGUAACGGCUUUUACUGCAGUCACUGCAUAUCAGAACCAAUUGAUUACACGCUUGAAAAUCGACAGCAACCCCUUUGCCAAGGGAUUUAGAGAUUCGUCACGUUUGUUAGAAUUCGACCGUGACAGCCAGUCGUCUCCUCCAGCUCAUCUGAUGGCGUUCCACGGAUUGGAAUCGUCUUCCCCCAGCCUCGACACGAACAGUUCCAGCUCGUUUGAAGACAUCCAGAGAUUGCACUCCUUCUCAGUUCCCAGUCCGUCGCCAUUGCCCAUCCAAGGCAAUCUCAUCUCAACCCUCUACAACUUGAGAAAAACUCAGCUAUUGACGAAAGUUCCCUCGUCCGUCCCGCCGUCCAUGUUGUCCUCCCUUCAAGUUUGGUCCCAAUGGCUUCAACUUCAGCACCAAAUCCAGGCUAUGCUUGUGUUCCAGGCUCAACAACGACAACUUCGGCAUCCGCCUCUUUCCUCUGGCUUCAACUCGUUUCAGGGUGACCAAAUGGAAUCGAGACAAAUCCGUUACUCGCCCUACGAUCUGUCGGCGAGGCGGCUCCCUGGUCCUCGUGCUAUGGCCUCGACUCCAUCCCCGCCUCCUCCUCCUCCUCCGACCCCACCUCAGUCCCCUUGAGAUGUUAAACUUACUCAAAAUGUGUAUGAAACAUGCUGUGAUAAUGUCGACAUCCAACCAAAUAAUGGGGCUCUGACUCCAAAAUUAAACAAAGAAACUGCA